GUGGUCCGCAGAGCACGGGUGAAACGCCGGCUCCUUCUCUUUGUCCAUUCACCUCCCGCUGAACAACAUCCACAGCAGCUCCAUGGCCAAUCCCGUCGAUACGAAACUCUACGACCUCCUUGGAGUGUCCCCAUCAGCUACCGAAAAUGAACUCAAGAAGGCAUACCGAAAACUGGCAAAGGAGUAUCACCCUGACAAAAACCCAAAUGCUGGUGACAAGUUCAAAGAAAUCAGCUUUGCCUAUGAGGUCUUAACAAACCCUGAAAAGAGAGACCUUUACGACCGCUAUGGGGAGCAGGGUCUGCGGGAAGGAGGAGGAGGUGGUCCUGGGAUGGAUGACAUCUUCUCCCACAUUUUUGGUGGUGGGCUUUUUGGCCAUCCCUUCAUGGGAGGCCAUAGCCGCAGCCGUAACGGUGGCCGUCGGAGAGGGGAGGAUAUGGUUCACCCACUUAAAGUGUCACUGGAGGACCUCUACAAUGGGAAAACAACCAAAUUACAGCUUAGCAAGAAUGUACUAUGUAGCUCUUGUAAUGGGCAAGGGGGUAAGACGGGUGCUGUCCAAAAAUGUUCAACGUGUAGGGGGCGUGGUAUGCGUGUUAUGAUUCGGCAACUGGCACCAGGGAUGGUCCAACAGAUGCAGUCUGUGUGUACUGACUGUAAUGGCGAAGGUGAAGUCAUCAGUGAGAAGGAUCGCUGUAAAAAGUGUGAGGGCAAGAAGGUUGUGAAGGAGGUGAAGAUUCUGGAGGUCCAUGUGGACAAGGGCAUGAAGCAUGGGCAGAAAAUAACAUUUGGAGGUGAAGCUGACCAGGCACCAGGAGUUGAGCCUGGGGAUAUAGUUCUGGUGCUGCAGGAAAAGGAGCACGAGACUUUUAAGAGAGAGGGCAAUGACUUGUCUAUGAACUAUAAACUUGGCCUUGUGGAGGCGCUGUGCGGCUUCCAAUUCAUGUUGAAACAUUUAGAUGGAAGACAGAUAGUUGUGAAGUAUCCCGCUGGCAAAGUCAUUGAACCUGGCUCAGUAAGAGUAGUACGAGGAGAAGGUAUGCCACAGUAUCGCAACCCCUUUGAAAAGGGAGAUCUGUAUAUCAAGUUUGAAGUUCAGUUCCCCAGCAACAACUGGAUAAGCCCAGAGAAACUUCAGGAGUUGGAGGACAUGCUCCCAUCAAGGCCAGAGCCUCCCAUCAUCACUGGAGACACAGAAGAGGUAGACCUGGAGGACUAUGAUGCCAGUCAGAGCUCAUCGUCAUCCCGCAGAGAGGCUUAUAAUGACAGCUCUGAUGAAGAGGGUGGCCCUCAUGGCCAUGGGGUACAGUGUGCCCACCAGUAGGCCCAGUCACAACCCACCCACUUUUCAUCAUGUAUUAAGUAAGCAAGGUGGAUCGUCAAAGGGCACCAGGUUCCUCAGACUCAUGUCAGACAUUCUCUUGGCACCUGGUGUGUCCAUGUCACUCGUGUUUGUGUAGGUUUGAUCUUUGUCUGAGGAAAACUCAGUGGAGCAUCUGUUGGACUCUUUCUGAAAACUGCACUCUAAACACAUUAGACACUAGUUUGGGUGUAGACCUAUAUACAUAUUUAAAUUAAAUUGCUUCAUUGAAUUCUGGAUGUUGAUAGAUCCCUCACUUUUUAUUUUAAAUGAAAAUUAGUUGAAGAAAGAAGCCUGUUUGCUAAGUGUGUGGUUUGCAUAUUGUUUUCAUAGUAUUUUCAAUAAUUAAUUUAAGUAACCAAUGUAUAUACACAAAAACAUGCAGCGGAGCACUCGGGCCACACAAAGAUAACCAUAACAUUUCAACAUAUUAACCUUUUUCAAUCACAAAGACUGUAACAAUAAGUAGUUAUUAGUAAUAUUAGUUUUGACUAAUCUUUUUGUCCUUGAUUUGUUGUGGCAAUAUUUAACUUUAUUCAUAUAGUUAAAUUUGCUCUCAUUUUAAUUUACCCUUUAGUGUAUAAUGUUAUUUAGUUGUCUUUGUGUGGCCCUAGCCUAAACUUCAAAAAAACAAUGUGAAGUACAUUCUGGACAUAUUCAAGCUGCACCACUUAAGAUGUUUCUGAUUUUUACUGCUUCAUUUUCUUUAUACAUUUUUACUUGUUUCACAUUUCUUUUAUAUUUUAAUUGAACCAUAAAUUGUUAUGUGUAUAUCAAAGCCUAUUAAUACUUAAAUCAGCUGUUGUAUUUAAAGCUGUGUAAAUUGAGAGAAGAGAAAUAAAAGUGAAAUAAAUAAUUGCUUGUAUCUGCUGAGACCAUCUGCGUGUAAAAGCUUGGUCCCUGCUGAUGUUCAUUAUCAAAAAAGAACACCUCUUACAAAUCUGUAUGAAACUGGUGAAUUCAAUAAACCAUGAAAAUAU